AUGAAUACGUCAAAGGAGGAGCUUAUAGAAUUGGUCGAUCUUAAACCAAUAUCCAAAGAGAAAUCUAGAAGGUCGAAUCGAGUGGAUCUUUCACCAUCGGUUUCAUCUAUUAAUACAUUAACUGAAAGUGAGGAUGCUAAUAUAGUAAAUUUAUUUUCUGUAACACCAAGAACUUACUCCAAGAGGCCUAGUAGUUCUGAUAGAAGGACAAUAUCUGAAAUAUCAGAUGAUGUCUUCUUGGCGAAACCGGACGCGAGACCUAGCAGCUCAAAACCUGGCUUUAGAAAGAGAUAUAAAGAAAAAAUUAUUGAGCAUAUUCGACAAAUUAAGGAAAGGACAGCUACUGCGUCUAGUGAUUUAACCAGAGACAGAAUACCAAUCGACAGAGUAAGAAAAGAGAGCCAGGAUAUUGAUGCCUUAAUUGAACAAGUCAAAAAUAAAUUUGGACGAAACCGAGCAAAAAAUCGAGAAAAAGAUUUGUUUUUUGCAUAUAAUGAAGAUUUGGUAGAACAGAACGGAAAAUGUGCUGAUGAGCCAGAUCAACAUGUGUAUUACGUUCUACCAGAAAAAUUGGAUUUUACACUGUACUUGUCAGAAAAGGAAUGCUUUAUAACGACUAACACAUUUCAGUUAUGCUGCCAAAAAAGAAACAAUGAUUCCAUUAAAGAACCAGCUGAAACAUGUUUAGAAGUUACAAACACUGAAAAAAAUGAAGAACAGGAGCACGAACCUGCAACUGACAAUGAGGUAUGCAUUGACACUGGAAAGCAGCUACUACUUUCAGAAUUUCCUUUAAUAGAGUUUGCUGUAGAACUACCUCAUUUUAAGACAAAUAAUUCAGCUAUGGUUGCCUAUUCCCGACCAAGACUACCACACGAGGAUCUCGAGGAAGUGUUGAUCAUCAAAGAAAGUAUUUUGGAUUUAUAUUUAUCACACAUACAAUUUGUUCAGCAUCCAUUAUUUAGCAUCGAACAUAUAUUUGCUCAGAUACUUUCAGAUUAUUAUAAAGACUAUUCACUUAUGGAAGAGAAAAAUACCAUAAACAAAUUGAAGAAACAGUUAAAUGAGCUACGAGAAAAGCGAAAUAAACUGGAUGAUCUUAUGGCAAUUAAUAAAAUCAAUAAAGUUAUUAAAAAGAUAAGAACAAAAUAUUUUGAAGAAAACAAAAGGUACAAAGAAACUAUUUUUAUAAUACUUGAGGCUUGGAAAACCAUAAAAAAGAUUAGACAAUUACAAGGAUAUUCGAAUACACCCGUAAAACUUUUAAUAAAAAAAGAAGCAAGUAAUACGGAGGAGCAACUGGAACAUUAUCAAAAUAUGUUUGAUGCUACUUUGCAAGAACUUCAACAUCAACAAAUAAGUGAAAAUGCUAGUGAUAUUGAAGAAAAAAAUAGCACUACAGAAAAACAAGAAGAAAACAAUGAGAGCAGAGUUGAUGAAAUAUCUGAGGACAAAACUAGGGGCAGUUCAAAAGAAAUGUCUAAGGAAGAAGAAAUCACAAGCCAAAAGCUUCGUUCCCAACUUACAAAAACAUUUCAAACCUGUUUUAAAUCACCAGAAGAUCCGACUAUAAAGUUUUCUUUGACCUUUUCUAAUCAAAUAAGCGAAGAUUGUGAAAACAAUAGGGAAGUUGCUAGAAGAGCCGCCGUUUUAUCUACAAAGUUUUAUUUACGAAUAUUAUGUAACGGCAUAGAAGCAUGUAAAACCAAAUUUCUCAACAUGACGGAUGAUUUUGUACUAAACAUCGAUGAAACUUUUUCAUUACAAUUAACGGAUAUACCAAAAUUUUUAACAGUAGAAAUAUACGCCCAACCGAAAUCUUUGUUGAAGAAAAAAGUUUGUGAAAUGAAUAUAAAUAUUCCUAAUAAAAAAAGUGUCAGAAAGAAUGUUAAAAAUGUCUUCGAGAAAGUCGAAAUUGUUCAUUAUAAACAUGAAGGUGUGGGUAGCGGAAUCGAAUUAAAAAAGGUUAUUGAAAAUCUAGAUUUAAACUUACAGCAUAUUGAAAAUUUCGAAUUAAAUACUUCGGGUUUCUUGGAAUAUUCAUUAGAAUGGGAAAAAGCUAAAAAAAUACAGGAAGAUGUUAGCAUAAGUGAUCAGUUUAAAAUUACGAAUGACACAAAACAUGAUCAGUUUGAUUCAGAUAAUAAAACGGAUGAAAACAAUUUAGAUAUAGAUGAAGAUUCUGGUGACCACAAUAGUAAAAGAAACCGACGAGAUCGACGUACUAAUAGGAUAAAAACUGAUGAAAAUUUGUUUACAUUUUGUAAAACCUCAGUAAUAGAAGAAAAUCUUAGGUUAAAGAUCUUACAGUUGCGAGACCAAAAAGAAAUCGAAUUCGAUGGGAUGGUAGUACCAAACAGAGUCAGGGAAAUUCCGUUUACAAUCCUUAAUCCAUAUAUGAGACGAAAAGCUUCAGAAGAAAAAGGAUAUAUUUCCGACGAUGAUGAUACAGAGUACAAAGCACAAUAUAAUUUUGGCAAAAAGCGCUUGAAGCAGGUAUAUCUUAGACUGUUUCAUUUGUGUAAAAACACUGAAAAUAAUUUGGAUUAUGAAAGUGUUGUCAACGAGAACUACUUCAUAUAUUUUCAUUAUAUGGUAACAACUAUACUACGCAACUUUUUUAAUUGGUUUAGAUGGCGACCAAAGAUAAGCAAGCCGCUACCUAUUUUACAAAAAAAUAGUUCAGAUGAAUUACAGGAAAUUCCAAAAGGCAAGCUUAAUGUGAUAGUUAACGUUAUAAGUGCCAAAACCUUGCCAAGGAGAAAAAAAGGUACCUUUAAUAAAGAUGAAAUAGAUUAUAUUGAAUUAUGCCCAUAUGUUGAGGUUAGUUACAAUAAUAUACUAGCAAGAACCAAUACUAGCACAGGUACUAAUCCAAGUUGGAAUGAAGUUUUAGCAAUACCAUUAGAUUCUUCUCAUUCCGAUUAUCUAAAUCCAAAUUCAUUAGACGGAGUAAUAAGUGUAAAUGUAUAUGACGAAAGCAAAAUUGAGAUUAAAAAGCUUAACAAAAACUGUGUUAAUUGGCUUGGAGGCGUAGAUAUUUUGCUUUCAGCCGUAUGCUGCUUGGACAGUCAAUUUAUUAAUUUUAUGUUAGGCUCGAUAACCGACCAUUGUAUAGCUCUGACUUGCUACUUGUUAGCGUUGAAAGUGGAAGCAUGGCUGCUUUUAGGAUACGGUAUACCCCAUGGAUAUACUGCGUACGUUUUAGUUCAAGAACAUUCAUCAGAAUCAAUGUUACCACUGCAUUAUGUUCUAGAUGUAUUUUAUAAUGAAAAGUAUAACGUAUUGGAUGAACAUUGUCCUUUGCAGAAAAUAUUUUGUGUUUUAAAUGGAACGAAUUGCUGGGCAAAUAUUCAGAAAACUGACAAUGUAGCUCUAACCAGAUUUGAAUUUCAAAGAAGUUCUGAUUGGUUACCAUUAUUUGAUAAUAGAGUCAGUGCUCCAAACAAUUUUAAAACAAAUAAUAUUACAUACAAACUAAAAGAAGACACUGAAAUGAUUGAAAUGCAGUUAGAAAAACAGCUUAAAAGAAAAUUUUCCAUAUUACGACAACUGGAUAGGACUAUAUGGAAUAGUGGACUAUCAAGCGUAUUGGCAAACUUUUUAAGAACUUUUGAACUGAAUUGCAUGUAUAAUAAAAACCAUAGAGGAAACGAUACACGAGCUAUACGAGGAAAUAUCACAAUAUAAGGUGUCUGGUUUAGCCUGGAAUAUACCAUUACAGGUUUAGCGGAAUUGGUGAGAAAAAUUAAAAGGCUAGGAUUCCAUAUACAACCCGAAGAUGACACAGAAUUUGCGUUUUCAGUUUAUGUUCAUUGUUAUCCCGGUAGAUUGCUAUCGGUUUGGAUAUUUAUAGUGAAUAUUAAAAAUAUUGACUAAACAAUAUUCCAACUUAAGUGACAAUAAUAAUUAUAGUAUAAUUAUAAUAAAAAAAUAUUGUUAGUUUUACGAUAUUAAUAAAAAAAUAAAGGAUUUUGAAAAU